AUGAACACCGUGAAGAUCUUAAGAAAUGUCCCACUUCGCCAAUGGCGUACCUUUUCGCGAUGCUCAAUUUCGCGCCAAGAUGUAAGUGAAGCUAUUAGCCCUCUUACUAUUCCACCUCCAGAAGGUAUAGACAAGCCUGUAUCGCCUAAGAUUGAAAAGAUAAUUACAGAAAUCACUAGUCUUAACCUUUUAGAAGUGUCAGAACUUAGUCAGGUUUUAAAGAAGCGACUAAAUCUUCCUGACGCUCCCAUGAUGCCAAUGGGUGGAUUUGCUAUGGCUGCCCCUGUGGCACAAGAGGAGGAGGAUGCUACACCAAAAGCUGUUAAAACAAACUUCACUGUUAAAAUGACAAAGUUUGAUGAUAAACAGAAAGUAGCAUUAAUUAAGGAGGUGAAGAGUCUCCUGGAAGGAUUCAAUUUAGUUCAGGCCAAGAAGUUUGUUGAAAGUGUACCAACAAUUGUUAAGGCUGACAUUUCCAAAGAUGAAGCAGAGAAAUUAAAGGAAGCAUUAUCCAAAGUUGGAGCUGUUAUAGAAAUUGAG